AUGGGUGAUAUUUUAUGGCCAGCAGCAAUGAACGAACCGUCGACUUCUCAGCCACAAGUUCCUCGUCUAACUGAAAAUGAUCAACUGUUCGAAGAGUUGUUGGAAAACAUCGUGUACGUAGGAAACCUGCCAAAAGAAAUCGUUCUAACGGAUCUGAUCGAGCUGUUCAAGUAUGCCGGCCGCAUCGAACGCGUCGCCUGGUACGGGGAACAUCGAACCGACAUCAACACGAAGGUUGCCUUCAUACGCUUUCGACACUCGCGGCACGCGAAAGAAGCCGCAAAAUGGGACAGGAUACGCUACCACGACUCGAUACUUAUCGUAAUGCAGAUAUUCAAGGACCAAUGGUUCGACAUGACCGUGUCGAUAAUGGUGCGAAACAUUCGCGAUGACACGACCGACUGGCAGUUGUAUGAAGCUUUCCGUAGAUUCGGAAAAAUCUACGGCAUACUCAUACCGACCCACGGUACUGCGUACGUGGGAUUUUACUACGAGGGCGAGACACAAUGCGCCCUCGAAAUGAACAACAACAUGUUCAACGGGAACCGGAUGCGAGUGGAGAUGCUGCGGCGAAAUUUGCCCCUGCAACAGAUCGACAUAUUCGAUAUCUCGAAGAAUGAGGUACGACUCCUGCGCGACAUGUUGCUGGAGGUGGACGAAAAGCUGGAACAGUUUUACUCGGCGUACGACGAGGCGUUCAACUACUCCUCCAAAGACUACCGUCGAUGGAAGCGGAAGCGACGCCGCGUGACGCCGCUGCUGAGUGACUCGAGUUCGUCAUCGGAGAGUAGCUCGUCGUCCGUGUCGGACAUCUCAAACCGCAGUGCAACCGAGGUGCGGCGCAUUCUGUGCGGGUCGAACGAAGAAAACCGCUGCCUUGGCAUCUUCGGCAUGAAUCCCGAUACGACGGAAAAAACGCUCAUGAAGCUGUUCUCCCGCUACGGUGCCGUUAAGGACAUUAAGCUUAUCUACGACGGCAAGACCAACGUUUCGCGCGGCUACUCGUUUAUCUAUUUCAAGCAUGCCAGCGAUGCCCGUCGGGCGCAGCGCAAGCUCAAUGGCACCAUGCUCGAAGGACGAAAGGUGCGGGUCGAUUUUAGCCGCAGCAAACCGCAUGAGCCCCGCGCCGAUCGACGCAAACGUGCCUCGCCACCCGUCGCUUCGACCAGCGUUGACCGAUGCUGCCACCGCCGGCAUGGAGCGACACAUCACAAGAAGCGCAAAAAGCGUCGGGUAUGCUACUCGUCAUCAGAUUCAGAGUAA